UGCUGGAUUCCGGCUGCUUGCUGCCGAAAUGGGCAAGUUCAUGAAACCCGGGAAAGUGGUGCUGGUCCUGGCUGGACGCUACUCCGGACGCAAAGCCGUCAUCGUGAAGAACAUCGAUGAUGGCACCUCAGACCGCCCUUACAGCCAUGCCCUGGUGGCCGGGAUUGACCGCUAUCCCCGAAAAGUGACAGCUGCCAUGGGCAAGAAGAAAAUCGCCAAGAGGUCAAAGAUCAAGUCCUUUGUGAAAGUUUAUAACUACAAUCACCUCAUGCCCACCAGGUACUCUGUGGAUAUCCCCUUGGACAAGACUGUUGUCAACAAGGAUGUCUUUAGAGACCCAGCCCUGAAACGCAAGGCCCGGCGGGAGGCCAAGGUCAAGUUUGAGGAACGAUACAAGACAGGGAAGAACAAAUGGUUUUUCCAGAAGCUUCGCUUUUAGGUAUAUUUUCAUUUCCAUCAUUAAAAAUUUAAA